AUGGCUAAGAGAAAAGCGACAUGGAUCACCGAGGGCUCACCAGCUUUGAAGAAGAGAAGAGUAACGUCAUACAACAAAUAUGAUAGCUUGAAAGUAAAGGUUGAAAGUCCGAGAUUAAUUUUUCCCAACGAAGAAGACGAUGCUGAUGAUAUGGAGUUACUACUGCGGCCAGACCCUAAUACUUCAAAUCAAGAAACAUUUGUGGAUGGUGGUACCGAAGGACUCACCGAGGAAGAUCCAAUAUACCUGAGCUCAAGUGAUGACGACGACGAUGACGAAGAAGAUGAAGAUGAUGAAGAAACACCGCCUUUGACCUCUUCAGCUACAGAACCUUCAGACCACGAAAGCACGUUACAAAACAGGGAGUCAAACUCACAAAAAUACAAUGAAUUGCCGUCCUCAACUACAGAUCCACUCAAAAGCAGCCAAGGUGCUUUACAGCAUUCACAAUCAGAAGUUCCCCAGACUGUCCCUCUUGACUUUGCCGAAGAUGAUGAUUUUGGAGUUUUUGAUUUUGGAAAUAGCUAUAAUGAUUUCGUACCAGAUUCAGAGCCUGAGAUAACACCAAAUAAUGCUAUAGAGGAUAAAGAGUCAAUGAAAGCGGCCCAAAAAAAUGGGGUGCCCGGUGAUGGCUUGGAGCAAGACCAUCAAGGGGAAGAUUCAAAUAAUGAAAAUGAAGAAAGCACAACAGAUGACCAUGUUGCGGCAAAUGGCAUUGAAGAGCCUAUAGACAAUGAAAUAGAGCAACAGAGCUUUGAGGACGAUGAUUCAGAUGAUUCAACAAUUGAAAUAGUGGAUGUGAGACCUAUUCCACCUAAAAUAAGCAUUGAAAGAUUAGAAGAAUUAAUUGAUAGAACAAGGUAUAAAGGCCUAUUGAAGAGGGUAUCAGCUCGAAACCUAAUGAGAUCUCGUAUUCAAAGUGAGCAAAUGCAGAAAUUCAUUGAAAGCAUUAUGAGGGACACACCAUGA